AUGGCAUCAGCUAAGAUCUACGUCGGAAACCUCUCUUGGAACACUACAGAUCAACUCUUGCUCGAGGCUUUCUCCUCGUUUGGACAAGUUGUUGACUGUAUCGUCAUGAAAGACCGAGAAACUGGUCGAUCAAGAGGUUUCGGUUUCGUUACUUACAACAACCCUUCCGAAGCUGAGGCUGCUAUCAGCUCAAUGAACGAUCAAGAACUUGACGGUCGACGAGUCCGAGUCAACCUCGCUAACACCCGAGGAUCCGGUGGUGGUGGUGGUGGCUACGGUGGUGGCUACAACUCCGGUUACGGUGGUGGCCAAGGUGGUUACGGUGGUGGUAACCAAGGUGGCUACGGAGGACAAGGUGGCUACGGCGGUGGUCAAGGAGGUUACGGUGGACAAGGUGGAUACGGUGGUGGACAAGGUGGUUACGCUGGCCAAGGUGGCUACGGUCAACAACAAGGUGGCUACCAAGGUGGUCAAGGUGGUUACGGUGGUGGCCAAGGUGGUUAUGGCGGUGGUGCUCAAGCUGGUUACGGUGGUCAACAAGGUUAUGGCGGUCAAGGCGGAUACGGUGGUGCUCAAGGUGGAUACGGUGGUGAUCAAGGUGCUGGUGCCGGUCAAGGUGGUUACGGUGGUCAAUACUAA